UGGUCUGCUCAGCCGCAGUCAGUCACCCCGCCCUUCUGACAGGUCUGUUUCUUCCAGUGUCGGCUGCACCAGGCACACUAGGCGCUCUCGAGCUGCGCAGCCGGCAGGCAACAGGCAUUGUGCGGAUCGCGGUCCUGGGACCGGGCGGUUCUCAGAGCCCGGCGUGGAGAGCGGAUGAAGGCUUGUGGGCAGAAGAGAUCGGUUACUGCACACCUGAAAUUUAAAUUCGAGGCUUUUCAGAACUCUGCUUAUCCAAAAGAAUCCUUCCUAAAGGAGACUGACCAGUUCCUGUGAUUCUAAAACCAUGGCCCAUGUAUUAGUGACAUUCAGGGAUGUGAUUAUAGACUUCUCUCUGGAGGAGUGGGAGUACCUAGACAAUGCUCAGAGGGACUUGUACAGAGAUGUGAUGUUGGAGAACUACAGCAACUUGAUCUCACUGGGAUAUUCAGCCCCAAAGCCGAGUGUGAUCGCCCUCCUGCAACAAGGCAAAGAGCCCUUUAUGGUGGUGAAGGGCAUGUCAGAAGGACAGGGUCCAGGUUUGUUCCCCAGACAUAAGACAAAGAAAUUAUCUUCAGGCAAAGAUAGUUUUCAAAUCAAUUUACCCAAAUUGGAGAUAAUAGAAAGAAAUAAGACUCUUGUUCUUAGAGAACCUAUUUCAAGAACCGAGGAGCAGAACAAAAGUGAGUUUAAUGAUCAACAGGGACUUCAAGAAAAGUAUGUCACGCAAAUGAAAAUCAUCAGUCAGAAAACACCAGAAUCUAGAAAGCAUCCAUCUUUGAAUCAAAGAAUUCAUAAUUGUGAGGACCCUUCUGAAGAUGAUGGAUAUGAGGAAACCUUUAGUUGUGAAUCCAACUUGGUUCAACAUGACAAAUUUCAUUCCACGGAGAAACAUGAUUGUCAAGAAUGUGGGAAGACUUUUAAUAGUGCCUAUCAACUUACUCUACAUCAGAAAAUCCAUACUGGUGAAAUACCCUACGAAUGCAAGGAUUGUGGAAAGUGCUUUAGUUAUAAGUAUCAGUUCAUUCUGCAUCAGAGAGACCAUUCAGAUGAGAAAGCACAUAAAUGCCAGGAAUGUGGGAAGAGCUUUAGUCUUUAUUCAGAACUUGAUCAACAUCAGAUAAAUCAUACAGGUGAGAAACCCCGCAGAUGUAAAGAAUGUGGCAAAGGUCUUUUCAGUAAUUUAGACCUUAUUGAGUAUGAAAGAAAUCAUAGUGAUGAGAAACCUUAUGAAUGUAAAGAAUGUGGAAAGUCUUUUCAACUUCAUGUCAACCUUACAGAGCAUCAGAAAAUUCAUACAGCUGAGAAACCCUACAAAUGUAAGGCAUGUGGGGAAACAUUUAAUGAAUGUGACCAACUUACUCAUCAUCAGAAAAUUCAUACUGGUACAAAACCUUAUGAAUGUAAGGACUGUGGAAAGGUUUUCACACUUAGUUUUCAACUUACUGAACACAGAAAAAUACAUGAAGAUAAGAAACCUUAUGAAUGUAAGGAAUGUGGAAAAACCUUUAAGCUAGCUAAACAGCUUAAUCAGCAUCAAACAGUUCAUACUGGCAUAAAACGGUUUAAAUGUAAGGAAUGUGGAAAGUGUUUUGGUUAUAGCAGUGACUUUUCAAUACACCGUAGAAUUCAUACCGGUGAAAAACCGUAUGAAUGUAAGGAAUGUGGGAAAACCUUCAAUGUGAGUAAACGCCUUAAAGAGCACAAAAUAGUUCAUACUGGUAUAAAACGAUAUAAAUGCAAAGUAUGUGGGAAAACUUUUGGUCAUAGUGGUGACCUCACAGUACACCUUAGAAUUCAUACUGGUGAGAAACCAUAUGACUGUAAAGAAUGUGGAAAAGCCUUUACUCUUCGUACAGCCCUUACUGAACACCAGAGAAUUCAUUCUGGUGUAAAGCCUUACGAGUGUAAGGAAUGUGGGAAGACCUUUAGAGGACGCUCUCAAAUUAGUCUACAUAAGAAACUGCAUAGUAAUGUGAAGCCCUACAAAUGUACAAAAUGUGAGAAGACUUUCCGAUUUGGUUUCUAUCUUAGUGAACAUGAGAGAAUUCACACUGGCGAAAAGCCGUAUAAAUGUAAGGAAUGUGGAAAGGCUUUUAUUCGUAGAGGAAAUCUUAAAGAACAUUUAAAAACUCAUUCUGGUAUAAAACCCUAUGAAUGUAAAGAAUGUGGGAAAACUUUUAGCUGGCGAGGUCAGUUCACUCAGCAUCAGAAAAUUCAUACGGGUGAAAAGCCCUACAAAUGUAAGGACUGUGAGAAGGCCUUUAACCGUAGUGGAGAUCUUAAGAUACAUCAAAGAACUCAUACUGGGGAGAAACCCUAUGAGUGUAAACAAUGUGGGAAGGCCUUUAGACUUAAUUCACACCUAAAUGAACAUCAGAGAAUUCAUACUGGUGAGAAACCUUAUGAGUGUAAGGUAUGUAAGAAGGCCUUUAGACAACGUUCACAUCUUUAUCAACAUCAGAAAUCCCAUCAGGAAACUUAAAGCUGCCCCGUGUG